GACCGGCGGAAGAGGCUGCGCGGAGCGGGGCCGAGGGAAUUUAAGUCCCGGCGGCCGGGCUGCUUCUGCUUCUUUGGUGAAGCUCUACCAUCGAGACAUGUCUUGCUACAACCCGUGCGUGCCCUGCCAGCCCUGCGGCCCGACCCCGCUGGCCAACAGCUGCAAUGAGGCCUGUGUCAGGCAGUGCCAGGACUCCAUCGUCGUCAUUGAGCCUUCCCCCGUGGUGGUGACCCUGCCCGGCCCCAUCCUCAGCUCCUUCCCUCAGAACACCGCCGUGGGCUCCUCCACCUCCGCUGCCGUUGGCAGCAUCCUCAGCUCCGAGGGAGUGCCCAUCAACUCCGGGGGCUUUAGCCUCUCUGGCUUGGGCCUCUCUGGCUUGGGCGGCCGCUACUGCGGCAGGAGGUGCUUCCCCUGCUAAAGCUGCUGGUGAUGGCCCUGGGGAAGGGCCCAGGGACCCAGAAGAUGGCACCAUGCUGU